CCAAUCAGGCGCAGACGUCCGCAAACGGGGCGCUGGAGACGUAAACCUCACAAAGAUGGCGACGCUCGAAAGCGAAUACGGAGAUUGGGAAUACGACCGUUUUUAACCGUGAAGAAAGCAGUCCUGUUGGCGUGUUACGAUGUGGCGGGGUUAACCAGGGCCACCGGACGCCUUUUGAACGAUGUUCGCAGAGGUAAGUUACAACUGACGUCAGUGUUAAUGUGAGUUUAGCAGCUUUCGGCGGAUGCUUGUCAAGACCUGGAAGCUAGGCGGCUAGGCGUGAGCCCAGCAGCUUUAGGCACCAACUGUCCGGGCGCCCGGAGGGGAUCUGCAUCCCAAAAAUGUGACUCCAAUCUUCCUUUAACGCUUUCUGGUAGUGUUUGCAUGAUGACAGAACCCCAUCAGGCCAGUCUGUCCUUUUGGGGAUGGGGGGGUCUCGGAGUAGUGCUGUUCCUCGUCACUUUUGGACCCUUCGCCAUAUUCUACCUGGCCUUUUACAUCCUCUGCUUCAUCGGCGGGGGCUUUGCUGUCACUCUGCUUUACGGGAAGAUCAACUCGGAGAAGUACUUGGAGAGGUGCGAGCACUCCUACCUGCCGCCCCCACCGAUUGGUAUUUUAAAGACGCUGGAUGAGAUGAAGCUGGAGAUGAAGCCCAUCAAGAUCGACAGGCGACUGACUGGCUCGAGUUUCAUCGAUGAACCUCUGCAACAGGUGAUCCAGUUUGCCUUGAGAGAUUAUAUCCAGUACUGGUACUACACUUUGAGCGAGGAUGAGUCUUUCUUAUUGGAGAUCAGACAGACGCUGCAGAACGCCCUCGUCCAGUUCUCCACGCGGUCCAAAGAAGUGGACUGGCAGCCUUACUUCACCACUCGCCUGGUGGACGACUUUGCCACCCAUUUGCGUGUCUUUCGUAAAGCUCAGGAUCGUCUCCCGGACAAAGAGGAUAAACAAAGGGACAACAUAACAGACGAGCUGAUAGACUCGUUUUUCGAGGCCGAAGUGGAGAUGGAGAGGAAGAUUUGUCGAGACGUCGUCUGCACUUCGCUGAAGGACGAAGAAGGUUUCCUUCGAGACUUGUGCGAGUUGCUUCUGUAUCUCUUACUACCUCCCGGAGACUUCCACAACAAGAACAUGAGAUAUUUUUUAAGAGAGGUGUUGGCGCGUGGCAUCCUGCUUCCUCUCAUCAACCAGCUGAGUGACCCGGACUACAUCAACCAGUUUGUCAUCUGGAUGAUCCGAGACUCCAGCUGUAACUACGAAGCCUUCAUGAACAUCCUGAAACUGACAGACAAGCCAGCGGAGCUGGAGGCCGUGAAGGACAUGGUGAUGGAGGAGCUGCAGUACUUGCGCUCGCUGGACACAGCAGGAGAUGACAUCAACGUGAUCAAAAACCAAAUCAACAGUCUUCUGUUUGUAAAGAAGGUGUGCGAGACCAGGAUCCAGAGACUACAAUCUGGCAAGGAAGUGGACGCUUUGAAGUUGGCGGCCAACUUUGGCAAGCUGUGCGUCAUCCCGCUGGAUCACAUCCUCGUCCACAACAUCGCGCUGCAGUUCUUCAUGGAUUUCAUGCAGGCAGCCGGCGCCCAGGCCGAGCUCUUCUUCUGGCUCACGGUGGAAGGCUACAGGGUGACGGCGCAGCAGCAGCUGGAGGCCAUGCAACGCUGGCAUAAAGACGGCAAGAAGCAACCCAACGCCACCAAGGGGCUCCUCAAGGCGGCUGCGCUGGGGGUCUUUGAGCAGUACCUCUCUGACAAGGCGUCUCCACGGGUUCAAGUCAACGAGGACUCGAUAACACGCUUAGGGGAAAAGCUGCAGAAAGACGAUCCCACGCCAGAAAUAUUUGACGAUAUCCAGAGAAAAGUGUACGACAUGAUGCUGAAGGACGAGCGCUACUACCCGGCCUUCAAGCAGAGUCCGCUCUACGUGCGCAUGCUGGCAGAGCUGGACAUGCUCAAAGAGCCCAGCUACCGCGGCUCCGACGACGGCGACGGAGAAUCUUUCAAUGGCUCUCCCACCGGGAGCAUUAACCUGUCUUUGGACGACUUGAGCAACACCUGCCAUGAAGAAUCUAUGCAGCUCCACGCUUUCAUCUCUGACACGGCUGACGCUUGUAUUCCCGGCUUGUGGGCUGCCGCAGGUGUGUGCAAUGAGCAUGGGAAGACGUACGCGCUUUACGCCAUCACUGUAUUCAGACGCAACCAGGACGGCAGCGAGGAUUGCUGGAAGACGUACCGGCGCUACUCCGAUUUCCACGACUUCCAUAUGAGGAUCACUGAGCAGUUUGAGAACUUGACGUCCAUCCUUAAGCUCCCGGGGAAGAAAACCUUCAACAACAUGGACAGAGACUUCCUGGAGAAGCGAAAAAAAGACCUCAAUGCUUACCUACAGUUGCUGCUGAACCCCGAGAUGGUGAAGGCGUGCCCGACUCUUGUGCCGUACGUCUAUGACUUCCUGGAGAACAAAGCCUACAACAAAGGCAAAGGAGACUUUGCACGCAAGAUAGACACGUUUGUCAACCCCCUGCGGAGCUCCAUGAGGAACGUGUCCAACGCGGUCAAGUCCCUCCCCGACAGUCUGGCCGAGGGCAUGAACAAAGUGUCGGACAACAUGGGCCGCAUGUCCGAAAGACUGGGCCAGGACAUCAAGCAGUCCAUAUUCAAGGUGCCUCCUCUUCUUCCCAAGCCGGACAUCGACCCCGAACACUGUCGAGUCUCGGCACAGUUGGAUGACAAUGUGGACGACAACAUCCCGCUGCGUGUCAUGCUCCUGCUGAUGGACGAGGUGUUCGACCUGAAGGAGAAGAACCAGUGGCUGCGCAGGAACAUCAAGAACCUGCUGCAACAGCUCAUACGGGCCACUUACGGCGACACCAUCAACAGAAAAAUCGUGGACCACGUGGACUACUUAACUUCUCCAGAGCAGGUGGCAGACUACGUCAAGAAAUUCAGAGACUCCUACUGGCCGAAUGGGAUUCUGGCGGAGACCCCGCCUCGUCGGGACAAGAGUAUCCGGAUGAGGACGCGAGUUGCUGCCAAGACCAGUCUGCUGGGCAUCAUGCCGGACGAGCUGAAGCACAUCAUCGGUGCGGAAACCACCCGCAAGGGCAUCCUGCGCGUCUUCGACAUGUUCCAGUACCAGCCCACAAAUCGGCGGCUGGUCUACGUCUUCCUGGAGGGCUUCUUGGAGACCAUGUUCCCUCAGUACAAGUUCCCCGAACUUUUUGUCAAGUUGCACUCCCGCUCGCCGCGCAUCCGCAGAUACAGCCACAAACUCAAAGGAUCCUCCCUCAAGAGGUGACAGGAGUGGACCGAGCCAGAUGGACACAGAGAGAAGUAGACACACACACACACACGUGUACACACACAGACUUGAGAGCUAAAUGUGACAUUGGGUAAAGGGCAUAAUGUGAAAUUUAAGGGGUGAAGCCCUCAUGUCUUCUCAUUGAAAACACUCCAAUUAAUAAUAGGAAAAUAUUACACAUCACAUGCAUCCCACAUGACAGCAUUUUCGUCCCCCUUCGGUUUUGGACGUUUUUAGUUUUGCUGAACUGGGUCAGUCUGUGCUGCCCCCCACCACCCCCGGCGGCCCAAGAGUACUGUACUGUUUUUUUUUUUUUUUUAACUGCAGCAAGAAACAGCUCGACCCACACCUUGCCUUACCUUCAACUUCACUUCUACUCGCUCCCCUCUUAAUGCUGUAGACAUUUUUACCUGCAAAGGCUGCACUCUUUGCGUUCAUAGCAACCAAAUAUGUCAGUAGGACUGGCUAAUGAGGCGCUGUUUUUAAAAAUGUGACUGAACAAAUAUCGGAUGAAUGGAUUUUCUUUUUAAUUGUAAUUUUCACGCCUCUGAGCUGUUGUUUAUUUUAUUUUUUUUUGUGCAUGUGUGUUGCAUCCGACCCCCCCCCCCGCUCCGCCCCCACCACCACAGCCCCCUUUACUGUACAUUAUGACCCCACAAGACCAAAGCUCACAAUCUUGUGCUCUGUGAAGACAUAUGAUGCAAACUGAUGUAGUGUUGACAUCACAUGGUGUGUUUGUGUAUGCGUGAAGGUGCAGCUGUCCAUGCAAGCACACUAAGUUUGUGUCUCUGGAAAGCUGUUUGAGCGUAUCAUUGAUAUCCAUCUUAAGGUCCAUGUACCGGUAGGAUAGAUAGACACUGUCUAUCUAUACACGUGUACAUAUGUACACAUAUGCAUAUACCUACCUACACUAGGAGCACGCAGUUGUCAACUAAUGUGCAGCUUUCCCCUCCCUCUAUGAGUGCACUGAAUUGUCUCAACCGAGCAUAGUAGUGCUUAAACCUUAAGAUGGAUAUUGAAUAAUUGCUUGAAUGGCUUUCUACACACGCGAAUGUAUUCUCUGCUCUGGUGUGCGUGUUGUCCAAUUGUGGGAGAGUCGGCCUUAAACAACGCAUUGUGAACUGACGAGAAGCUCCUCCACUUGACUGAUUCCUUCUCCUGACGUGGACAAAUAUUCCAAAUCACAUGAGAUGGCAGACAUCAGGUCUUAUAUUUUGUGCAAUAUUACUUUUCUUGGAAGCAUGUGCAUUUUGAAAUAUGUAGUGAAACAAGAGAUUCAUGUUCCUUGAAAAACAUGAAAUGUUUCUCCUUAUUGGCCCAACAACUUUAACAUUCCAUUGUACCCGUGUUUUCUUUUAGACUUGUUUUAUAAGUCACAUUGAUUUCCUCCCCCAAGGGUGCGGACGUUUUCCUCCUAGGGAUUUACCUUUUAUUAGCAAACUAGCUUGUAUGGCUAAUUUAGAUGGGAAAGGCCCCGCCCUCUUACCUUUUCCAUCAAAUCGCCUGUGACAAGUUGAAUCACUGCUCUUGAGCACUUAUAGUAGCAACUGUGGGGCGUGGGUCUCCCAUUGGCUUGGAUGGAGAACUUGUAUCUCCAGUCAUUGGCCGGAACUCAGCAGUGGUGGCCUCUGAUUGGCUGAUAAACUGAAUCGUCUGUUCUCAUGGUGAGACAUUACCUGGUGCAUUGUGCACCUCGUCAUUCAGGAAGCCUUUUUGUUCUUACAUCCAGAAUACAUAAAAAUGUGCAUAUCUGUGUACAGUUUGUCAAUAGUGUGCAUAAAUGUACUGUCAACUCUAUUUUCGUAUUUUUCUUUAACCAAAAAAAAACCUAAACAAGAAUGUCAUGACUUCAAGCGACUGAAAAAGUUUUUUUUUUGCAUCACGCCUACCAAGAAAUCCUUCCUUGAGAGCAACAGUGCUCACAUCAGUACAACACUAAUAAAAGGUAACUCAGACUAACUGACCAACACUG